AUGCCUGACAACUACUCUCCUGAGCCAGAGGCCAUUGAUUCUAGAACCGAAUCUGGCUAUGUGAGUGGCAGUUCUAGUGAUGAUUAUACUCCCGAGAUCAUCUUCACAAAGCCACAUUUGCAGUUUCUCAACAGGCAACUGCAGUUUCUUGAGCCUCAAGAUGUCUUGAGAUGGUGUGUUACUUCGCUUCCUCACCUCUUCCAGACCACCGCAUUCGGCCUCACGGGUCUUGUCACUCUUGACAUGUUGUCCAAGUUGGAUGUACCUCGGCCUCAGAUGGUUGACCUGAUCUUCCUCGACACCGUUCAUCACUUCAAAGAGACAUUGGCUCUUGUCGACCGGGUCCGUAAGAGGUACCCUCUCAACAAUAUCCAUGUAUACAAGCCAGCAGGCGUUGAGACAGAGGAGGAGUUUGCCAAGAAAUAUGGUGCCCAGCUCUGGGAGAGAGAUGAUCAGUUCUACGACUGGGUGGCCAAGGUUGAGCCAGCCCAGCGUGCCUAUCGGGAGCUCAACGUUCAUGCUGUCCUCACCGGUCGCCGCCGUAGCCAAGGUGGUAAGCGCGGUGACCUUGAUAUCAUUGAGGUCGACGAGGCUGGCCUCAUUAAAGUCAACCCUCUUGCCAAUUGGACCUUCGACCAAGUCAAGCAGUACGUCAAGGAAAACGACGUCCCUUAUAAUGAGUUGUUAGACCGUGGUUACAAGAGCAUUGGUGAUUACCACUCCACCCAGCCCGUCAAGGACAAUGAAGAUGAGAGAUCUGGCCGUUGGAAGGGUCAAGAGAAGACAGAAUGUGGAAUCCACAACCCUCGAUCGAAGUACGCUCAGUUCUUGAUGGAUAUGGAGCGUAAGCGUCAGGAGGAGGCUCUAUCACAAGCUCUGCAAAACUCUCUUGCCACAGCUGCCCAAUAA